CAUCACUGCACUAACCCCACACCCCCUCUCUCUCUCUCUCCUUCCUUCUUCCCCACACUGAUGCAACUCCAUUGCUCCCCAUCUUCUCCUUAAUCAUUGCUUUGCUCUGCCACAGGAGAGAGCUCACUCUCACUCUCACACUCUCUUGGGGUGUUGUGUUGCAAAAAGAAAAGGAGAGAAGAAAUUGAGAAUUUUUUUUCUUGGAUAGUGUUUAAUGUGUUGUUGUGAAUGAUGAUGGCAUAGGGGUUGUUUUGGGAUGAGGGGUGGUAAUAGCUGGAUCUCUCUUUCUUGGGUUUGGAGCUGCACUUCAGGGAGGAAAGAUCCAACCCCAGAUGUCAUCCUGCCUCCUCCUCACUCCUCUUCUUCUCCUGUGAAGGUAGUUUGCCGGAAUUAGAUUUUCAUGUAGGUUGAUAUCCCGUUGCUUUGGUCACCAUUGGCUUUGAAGCCAUAAAAGUGUUCAGAAUCAAAGGGGUGCUGUUCUCUUGUCUUGAUUGGAUCUGAUGGAGAUGAUGUCGCCAACGAAUCCGAUGCGCAAGUACUCGUGGUGGUGGGAUAGUCAUAUAAGCCCAAAGAACUCGAAAUGGCUUCAAGAAAAUCUCACAGAUAUGGAUAGCAAAAUCAAGCGUAUGAUCAAGAUAAUCGAUGAGGAUGCUGACUCGUUUGCAAGAAGAGCAGAAAUGUACUACAGAAGGCGUCCAGAGUUGAUGUCUUUGCUGGAGGAGUUAUACCGUGCUUACCGAGCUUUAGCUGAAAGACAUGAUCAUGCUGCUGGGGAGCUCCGAAGCGCCCAGCGGAAAAUGGCGGAAGCAUUUCCUGAUGAGUUUCAGUUAGACUUGGAUGAUGAUUUGCCAGCUGAAACCUUGUCUACAGAAACUGAGGCUGAUAGUCGUGACAUGACACCAUUUUUCCUCUCUUUCAUAAAUUCUGGUGAUUCAAAAAAGCGUGCCAAAGAUGACCAGGAACAUGAGAAGCUGCAGAAAGAAAUAUCGAGCUUGUCGCAGGAAAACCAAGAACUCAAGAAGAAGAUCUCUUCAGUGUUAGAAAAUAGCGACAGGGCCGAAUCUGAAGUUGCUUCCCUCAAGGAGGCCCUUGCACAACAAGAAGCCGAGAAGGAAGCUGCCUUUUCACAAUGCCAACAAUCCAGUGAUCGAUUACAGGCCCUCAAGUCUGAAAUACUGCAAACCCAGGAGGAGUUCAAGAGAUUGAAGGAGGAGAUGCAAAAUGGACUGGAGAAUUUGAGCACCGCAGAGGAACGCUGCCUUCUUCUUGAAAGAGCUAACCAGAAUUUGUAUUCGGAGCUAGAUAAGCUGAAGAAUGACUCAAAAGAGAGGCAUGGAGAACUCAAUGAGAAGCACGUUGAGUUGGAAAAGCUUAGCAUAUCUAUACAAGAAGAGCAACUCAAGAGCAUGCAAGCCGAAAUGACACGGCUAUCACUGGAGAAGCAACUGGCACAAGCCAAGGAGAAGCUAAGAAUCUUGACUCUUGAAAAGAAUGGUGAAGCAAGUAAGUUUAAUGACAUUGAAGCAAGCAAAGUUAGACUUCAAAAUGAUCUGGACAAGAUUCGCGAAGAGAACCGUAAGCUGGAGGAGCAAAACAACUCUUCGAUCUCAGCAAUAAUUCGUCUACAGGAUGAAGUAAUUUCCUUGAAGAAUGCCCAGCGGCUACUUGAGGAAGAGGUGUCUCGGCAUGUGGAGGAAAAGAAGGUGCUUCAGUAUGAGCUUUCCCAGCUCAAGGAUGACAAGGGUGACUCCGAGAGGAAACAUUUUUCGAUCAAGGAACAAAUACAGGUGGUGAAUUUCAAUGUGGAAUCCCUCCAAGCACUUGCGCAAGAGGUAAGAGAUGGGAAUGUUGAGCUUAAAGAGACCAUCAAGCAUCACGAGGGUGUGAAAGCCCUGUAUGUUGAUAAUCUGAUGCAGCUCGAGAGGACGUUGGAGAGAAAUGCUCACUUAGAGAGGUCUUUGUCAGCUGCAACCACUGAGGUUGAAGAAUUGCGAGAGAAGAAGGUUGCAUUGGAAGAAUCAUGCAAGCACCUCAAUUCCAAGAUUAAUGGCUUCCAAUCUGAGCGGUCCAUGUUCAUUGCACGGAUCGAGGGCAUUUCUCAUACAAUGGAGAAGCUAUCAGAGAAAAACGUAUUCCUGGAAAAUUUGUUAUCUGAAAACAAUACCGAGCUUGAGAUCCUCAGAAGGAAGCUGAAUGACUCGGAAGAGUCCACACAUGCACUACUUAAUCAGAAUUCUGUACUUCGAUCUGAAAAGAGAACCCUUGUGCGUGAGGUGGAUAGCAUGAAUGGUGCCCUACUCAAUCUGGAGGCCCAGUUCACGGAGUUAGAAGGACACCACCUGGAUCUUCAGCAGGAGAAAAACAAGGCAAGCAGUGAAGUGAUCAUGCUACAGGAGAUGUUAAGGCUUGAGAGAGAGGCGCACAAAGAACUGAACUACUCAGGCAAGACUCAGUUCAGUGCUGUACAGAAGCAGUUAAGCUUCCUGCUCGAAGAAGGCCGUCGUAGGGAGAACCAGCUUCAAGAUGAGGAGCAUAAGAUUGUUGAAGCUCAGAUGGAGAUUUUCGUCUUGCAGAAGUGCUUAGGUGACAUGGCAGAGGCAAAUUCUGAUGUCUCAGGGCAACUGCAGAAGCAGAAAGAGCUAUGCGAAAUCCAGGAGGAGAAAUUAACCUUUUUGACAGAAAACAACCAGAGGUUAACGGAAGGAAUUGGUUCUGUGAUGGAAGAACUACAUUUGGAUGAUAAAUAUGGAUCAUUGGAUCUAAUGAAGCUUGAUGUAAUCGUGCAGCUCAUCUUGCAUGAGAUCAAGUGCUUGCUGAAUACUAUUUCUGAUGCUCAGGACGUGAAGCAAAACCAGAUCCUCGAGAAGUCUCUUGUCGUCACGCUUUUGGAGCACUUUGGACGCGAGGUGGCUGAUCUAAGGUCAGAGAGGAGUGUUCUGAGGCAAGAGUGGCAGGCGAAGAGCGAAGAGCUUCUGCAGCUGCAAAAUGAAAGGCACGACCUCAUGAAGAUCAGCUGCGAGUUACGGAAGGAGAUGGAGGCUCGUAACCGUAGGGUUGAGGAGAUGAAAGGUGAGGCAAAAUUCUUGGUUCGACAACUCUCAGAGCUGCAAGAGUCGCGGCAGUCAUUGCAAGCUGAAGUCAUCAAGCUGAUUGAAGAGAACUCCUCACUGUCAGGCAAACUUUAUGACUCCAGGGAGAAAGAGAAGACGGCCAACGAUGAUUUCAAUACUCUCCUUGGUGAAGCAAUCAGUACAGACAUCCUCGGUGUCGUUUUCAAAAGUCUUCAUGAUGAGAGGACAUCUCAGCUGCAGUCUUUGCAUGAAGAUUUCGGGUCUCUCCAUGCAGCAGGCAAUGAGCUUUACCAGGAGAUCAAGCUGAUGAACAAGAAGCUUGGAGACCUGCAACUCGAGAACAACUAUCUCGAGAAGGAACUCAGUAAAACCAUGAGCAUCUGUGACAGCUCUGGUUCAGAAAUCGGCGCUGGGAGAAGGCGUACUAUGCGAAGAGACACAAAGCUAUUGAAAUCUGGCAGGAAGAGCCAGCAAGAGAGCACGGUGAACAUCGAACAGCGCAAAGAGAUCGACCACGCUGGCCUUGAGAAAUCGAAUGAGUUGUUGAGGGAGAAGCUCCACAAGCUGCAGAGCGAGGUGCAGGCACUCAGAAGCAAAGAACAGCCGGUGAUCGAUGUCAAGUCCUGCGAUGCCGAGAUCACAAAACUGCUUACCAACAUGCAGAUGGCCACUGCCAACGCGGCUCUCUUCAAGGAGAAGGUGCUUGAGCUCAUCGCGUCGUGCGAGAGCUUCGAGAUAAGCGAGAUGGUGCAGAAGGAGGUCCUGAAGGAGGAGAUCACCCGGAGGAACUCCUACGUGAAUGCGCUCAAGGACAAGCUCAACGCCGUCGAGAUCGAGAACAGUAGGCUGAAGGUUGAUCUCAAUGGUGACUUCACACUGUUGGGAGCAUUGCAAACUGAAGUCAGUGCCCUGGAGAAGCAAACCAUGUCACUGGCCAAAGAUUGCUUACCAUCAAAUAAGCUCAGGAUGGAGGAAUUCUCGGUGUCACCGCAGCUGUCCAAGAUCGCGGUGAAGCCCAUCCAUGGUGAGCCGAACGCGACGAAGAUGGUGAAGGACAUGGAGCUGGAGAAGCUGCACGGGACGAUCAAGGCGCUCCAGAAGGUGGUCACCGACACCGGCGUCGUCCUCGAGCAGGAGCGCCUCGACUUCAACGCCAACCUCCUCGACGCCCGCCGCCAGAUCGACCUCCUCCGCCUCCGCGACGACAUGGCCGCCGCCGUCGACGACAGCGACGCCGCCAGCGACCCAGCCGCCGCGGCCUACGACCGCCGCUUGCUCAAGGACAUCCAGCUCGACCUCGUCCAGACCACAACUCCGACCAACCGGAGCCGAGCUGCCACCGCCACCGCCACCGCCGCGGCGUCAUCGCAGCGUCACCACCGGAGGAGGAACGGCGGCUCGACGGAGGCGCCGCCGCUUGGGCUGUGGAGCGUGGUCAGAGCGAGCAGGCGGCGGCAGCAGGAGGAGGGUGGCGAUGGCGAUGACGACGAUCUCCGGCCGCCGCAGAGCGAGGCGUCGGCGGAGAGGGGUCGGAGGUCGUGCUCGUCGGAGGUGAGCCAGCUCACGGUGGUAAAGGAUCUUAGCGUGGACAAGCAGGAGCUCCUCCUCCCGCCGCGGCCGCCACCACCCGCCAUGGCGGAGGCGCCACACAGGGAGUGGAAGAAGAAGGUGAUCGAGCGGCUGACGGCCGACGCGCAGCGGCUGGUCGACCUGCAGUCGAUCGUUGGCGAGCUCCGGGCGAGCGCGGAGGCGGCGCCCGAGCUCGACGACGUCACCGCACAGAUGGUCGACGCCGAGUCCGCCGUGGCGCAGCUCAUCGACACCAACGGGAAGCUCCUCCGCAAGGCCGAGGAGUUCACCUCCGCCGACGCCGCCGGCGGCGCCGCCGGCGACGACCUCCGCAGCCGCAGCCAGCGCAAGAUCCUCGAGCGUGUCCGCAAGAUGUCGGAGAAGAUCGCGCGGCUCGAGCAGGAGACGCAGCGCUUCCAGCACGCGCUGCUCCGCCACGAGGAGGAGCGCGCCACCCGCCGCGCCGCCGCCGCCGCGGCGACGGCGGCGGCGAGCAGCGGCAAGUCGUCCGCCGCCGUGCAGCGGCGAUCGUCGAGGGUGCAGCUGGUGGAGUACCUCUACGGGCGCCGGCGCGACAGCCGCCGGCAGCGGCGCGGGCCGUCGUGCUGCAUGAGAGCCAAGGCCAUCGACGACUAACUCUAAUCAAGAAUCUCCAUGGAUGGAUGGACAAAGCAAGAAGCGUUUAAUUUUUAUUUACUACUUCGUUUUAAUUUCAUUUUACCCAGUUUUAAUUAAUCAAAAGUGAAAAACUCGUAAUCAUUUUAAUGUCGUGGGGGUGUAGGGUAAAUAAUCUCGUGGACUAAUCCUAGUUUCGUGCUCUUAAUCAUAUAUAUAUCAUGAACUUCGAUUAAGCAUCGUUGUAAAUGGUUAAUUAAUUAGUAAUUUUUCCUCCUCGUUAUUGUAAAUUAA